UCAGUUCCUUUUUGGGUUUUGGUGGGGACAAUCUUCCGGCGGUUUCGGUCUCCGCCAUGGCCUGUUGCACGCUGCCGUCAGACGCGCGUGGCAUCACGGCGCUGGUCUCCUUGGUGGUGCUCUGGUGCCUCACUGCGCACUUGCUGAUCCAAACUUUCGGUGGCUGCCGGAAGAUUCUCCGCUCGGCGAUCCGGAGGUGCAAGGAGCUGGGUCGAUGUGGAUGGCUGCCUCGCAGGCAAAGCCUGGCGGAUCCUCUGGCCAAGAUCUCGGAGCACCACGUGCUACGAGUGAAGCGCGCGACCCUCUUCUUGAGCUGCUGCAUUGCCUGCAUUGCCCUGCCCUUGGUCCUAAGCCUGCUGUGGGACGCGAACUGCGAGGUGUCGCUGAGGAUUUUGUGGCAUUGUGGCUUCUGGGCGAUUAUGGUGCUGACCAACAUCAUCAUCACCCGCUGGCCACGGUGCAUGGUCCUGUCCCUCGCUUACCUCUUGGGCAUGACGCUGAUCAUGACGAGCCCUGCGUGGACAUAUAUUCUGGAUGAAUUGGCAGCUGUCGCAGUUGGGGGUUUGUCGCGCCUGGCCUGUCUCUCCUGUGGACCGACCCCAACACUCGUUUUCAUUCUCAACGCAGCGCACUCCUUCAACACCUACCUCAAUACGGAGAGCUCGGACAUCGCAGUGAUGUUUGACGCCUUCAUCAGUCUCUGCCUGGUCAGCAGCUACGGCUUUCUGCGGAGGGUCUCAGACGCGGACGCGGCCAAGACCCUGGCGCUGGGCGAGAAGGACGCAGAGCAGCGCGCGUGCCUCAUGAUGCUCCGCUCGGUGUGCGAUGCCGUGGUGGAGCUCGAUGAGAAGCUGAAGAUUGUGGGGGAUAGCCGGCAUUUGCACUGCUGGCUGCUCCAUGGAAGGGAGAGCUCUCCAGAGGACGAGGAGCUGCAGCAGUUCGUGCAGGAGGCCGACCGGGAGCUCUUCAUCCGCGAGCUGCGGAAAGAGCGCCAGGGUUUGACUGCCGCAGCGGCCUUCCAUUUGAAGAUGAGGGACAGCUCAGGCACAGUGGUGCCGGUGGAAUGCUUCCACGUUCGCUUCCAGUCGGCGCUGGGGCAGCGGCACUUACUCGGACUCCGUGAAUACGGGGAAAUGAGCGGCAGCAUUGUGCUCUCGCAGCAUGUCCAGCGGCCCACGCGCCUAGCCUCGCACAGGGCGCCGGAACGUCAUGAGCAUGUGGUGGAGUUCGACCCCUUCACCUGGCGGUGUCAAGGUACCUCUGAGGCCUUCAGACGGCUCUUCUCGGAGCGGCGGAAGGUCUUGGAGUAUCUCGCGGUGCAGAGUCGGGAGAGCUUCGAGAGAACGGUGAUCGACAGGGUGAACUACCUGACCUACUCGGAUAACCAGAUCGAUACCGUCACCAUCGAGGUGCAGAUGGCAGGAGGAGGCCCCUGCUCCUGCAUCUUGAUGGUGAAGAAAGACGACGAGGACAAGAUGGUGGCGCAGCUUCACCUAUUAGACCUGGAGUUGCCGGUCCGAAAGCAGGCCUCCCGAGAGAGCGGCAGCAUCCUGGAGAUCCGCGGGGAGAAGUCCUCGCUGGACCGGGCUCUGAGCGGCAGCAUCCUGGGGAUCCACGAGCCGGAGGAAGCGGUUGCGAAGAACACGAAGAUGAUGGCGCUGUGAAAACCGCCGACCCCUUCCUCCUGACAACCCAGGCGGCGGGUGGGCGGGUUCUCUCUUUGUUCAAGUCGGGCUUCGUCCAUCCCAACUGGCGCCAAUCCAUUAGAUCGCGCGGACUUAUGUUCGUCCAUGCUGUGGCGUUUUUGCCAGAGAGAUUCAAGGCCGAUCUGUGAAUAGGGCUGGGCUUUUCUGACGUGAGCAUGCCCCCACAUUCCCUGACUUAGCUUGCCUUUCAAGUGUUUGCCUUGCCCAGUGCUUC